CACCCGGGCGGAGCCCGGUUCCGUCCCCGGAAGCGCUUGCCCCAGCUGGGUGAGGGGCGGGGGCUCCGAGCGUAGGUCAGAGGUUACAGGUCAGACACCGCCUCAGCGGGCCGCCUCAAUCGCUAUGUAGCUCGCCGGCUGGAAGGGUGGCCGAGCCUUCUGGAAACUUCCUGCGAGAAAGAGCGUCGCGGGCUCUACGGCCCCUGCUGCUGCCGCCGCCGUCUUCGCCGAGCUCCUGGGGCUUUUCUCUUUUCCGCUCCGUGGAGGAGCGGCCAGUAUCGCCAUGUUCGGCUGCCUGGUGGCCGGGAGGCUGGUGCAAACAGUUGCACAGCAAGUGGCAGAGGAUAAAUUUGUAUUUGACUUACCUGAUUAUCAAAGUAUCAACCAUGUCGUGGUGUUUAUGCUGGGAACAGUCCCAUUUCCUGAUGGCAUGGGAGGAUCUGUCUACUUUUCAUAUCCUGAUUCAAGUGGAAUGCCAGUAUGGCAGCUCUUGGGGUUUGUCACGAAUGGGAAACCAAGUGCCAUCUUCAAAAUUUCAGGUCUUAAAUCUGGAGAAGGCAGCCAGCAUCCUUUUGGAGCCAUGAAUAUUACCCGUACUCCUACUGUUGCACAGAUUGGCAUUUCAGUGGAAUUACUGGAUAAUCUGGCCCAGUUGACUCCUGUGGGCAAUGCUGCUGUGUCAUCAGUUGAUUCGUUCACUCAGUUUACUCAGAAGAUGUUGGAUAACUUCUACAAUUUUGCUUCAUCAUUUGCUGUGUCUCAGGCCCAGAUGACACCAAAUCCAUCUGAAGUUUUUAUUCCGGCAAACGUGGUUCUGAAAUGGUAUGAAAACUUUCAAAGGCGACUAACCCAGAACCCUCUUUUUUGGAAAACAUGAUUUAAAUAAAGUAAUUUUUAAAGGGAGCUGAACCAUUGUCAUAUUUUGAAGAUAAUAAACGAACUACCAUUUAAAAGCAUGAGGAUGAAAGAAUAAUGAAAUCUAAACUGAAAAACUGCUUCUAAAUUAUUAAACUUAGUUAAAAUAAACCAGAAAAAGUUAAAUUAAGAACAGAAAAUCUAAAAUGUGCUCACUGUUGAUUUGUUUCUUUAUAAAUUAAAAAGCCUAUUCAAAAAGAAUAAAAACAUUUAAUCUAAUUUGGUUAAAUAUACACUAAUUAAAAUAGAUUUUUAACAGUCAUGAUUUUGACAACUCUGAGUACUAAAAAUUUAACUAGAAAUAGCAUCACAUUUAUAAAUUCUUUUUAGUUUAUUCUAGCAUGUUGUUCCAGAUUCAGUAACCAAUUAUGUAAAAUUUAUUUUGUGGAUUCUUCCCUUUUAAAAAACUUCACAAAUAUAUAAAUUUCGGUGCAUUAGACAAUAACGUAGGACUAGUUUUUUUCUUAUGAUUAAUCUCAAGUUAUGAAAGGUUGCUGCAGUUUUUAUAUGCUGAAAGCUCAUAUUUUUUUUCUCUGCAUGUUUCAUAAAGUUGUAAUGAGCAGGAAUAUUGAAAUUCAUUAACUGUGCAUGUUUAGAGUAAGCUUGGGGUUGGAGGGAAGAAGGGAGAACAAAAAAACACUUUUCUACCAUGAAGAAUCUUCAUGCUUUUAAAAAAAAUACACACAAAUAAAGAUUGUGUAAGCCAGGUUUCUUGA